UAGAUCAACAGCCCUGAGCCUACAUAUUUCCUGUACAUGAGUUUUAACAAUGUCUGCUCUAUCACACUUGCUUUGUCCUGAGAAAGCUGUCAUUGUGCCUGGGAAUGGUGGUGGGAAUGUUGAGUCUUGUCUGUGGUAUGGUUGGACAAAAAAAAGGCUGGAUAAGCUUCCAAAUUUUCAGUGUUUGCUUCGAAACAUGCCGGAUCCAUUUACAGCAAGAGAAACUAUGUGGCUGCCAUUUAUGGAAUCAGAGUUGCAUUGUGAUGCUAAAACGGUCAUUAUUGGGCACAGCUCUGGAGCUGCCGCUGCCAUGAGGUUUGCUGAAACACACCAAGUUUAUGCAAUUAUUUUGGUGUCUGCAUAUACAUCAGACUUGGGAGAUGAAAAUGAGAAAGAAAGCGGAUAUUUCAACCGUCCAUGGCAAUGGGAAAAGAUGAAGUCUAAUUGUCGUCACAUCAUUCAGUUCGGCUCCACAGAUGAUCCUUUCUUGCCAUGGAAUGAGCAACAGGAAGUAGCUGAUAAUUUGGGUUCAGACCUGCACAAAUACACAGACAGGGGCCACUUUCAGAACACUGAAUUUAAUGAUCUCAUCAGUGCAGUUAAAAAACUGUUGCCUUCUUCAACAUAGAAUCAUUACUGGAAAAAAAAAAAGUUGAGUUACAUUUUAAUAAAGUGUGUCUCUGAUGAUUGUGGCAAAAGACUACUCAUUAAUGGAAACACUGCACACUUUUAAUAGACCAUAAUAAAAAAAAAUCCAUUCCA